GGGAGGAAAGGGGACGAAGGUCGCGCGUGCGCAGAUGGAAGCUGCGAUCCAGGCAAAUGGUCGGCGAGAGAAAUAAAGAGGGAGAUGAAGCGAGUAUUUACCAUUUCAGAGAAACUUAUUGCAGGUAACCUUAUACAAUAUCACUGGCAGAAAACGUUGGGUAACUACAUCGCUGUAACUGGGUCUGACCACACAGUGAAGAUCUUUGAUCGACAUGGACACAAAAGGAAUGAGAUUAAUCUUACAGGAGUUUGCAUUUCUAUGGAUUGGGAUAAAGAUGGAGAUGCCUUGGCUGUGAUUGCUGACAAAUCAAAUACUAUCUACCUAUGGGAUGCAAACACUCACAAAACAUCACAGCUGGACAGUGGUAUGAGGGACCAGAUGUCAUUUUUGCUGUGGUCAAAAGCAGGAUCACAACUUGCUGUUGGAACAACCAAAGGAAAUCUGCUUGUCUAUAACUUACAGACUUCCCGUAAAAUCCCAGUCCUUGGAAAACACACAAAACGCAUCACUUGUGGUUGCUGGAGUUCCCAGAAUCUGCUUGCAUUGGGCAGUGAAGACAAAACAAUAACUGUUAGCAAUCAGGAGGGAGAUACCAUUAGGCAGACCACGGUGAGAGCAGAGCCAAGUGACAUUCAAUUCUCGGUGAUGAAGACUGAUGAAAGGGCAUCUGUGGGAGAAAGCACGGUCAGUGCUAUUGUGGGCAAGAAAACACUCUUUCUGUUUAAUUUGGGUGAUCCUGAUAACCCUAUUGAAUUGGCAUUCCAGCAACAUUAUGGAACCAUUAUAUCUUACAGAUGGUAUGGCGAUGGGUACAUCAUGAUUGGCUUCUCUCUAGGUUACUUUAUAGUAAUUUCAACACAUAUUUGUGAGAUUGGCCAAGAACUUUUCCAAGUCCACAACCAUAAGGAUAGUUUAACAAGUAUUGCCAUCUCUCAAUCCUUGAACAAAGCUGCUUCAUGUGGAGACAACUGCAUUAAGAUCCACGAUCUGUCAGAAAUGAAAGAAAUGUAUGCUAUUAUAAACCUGGAUGAUGAAACCAAAGGUCUGGAUCAACUAUCUUGGACAGAUGAUGGACAGUUGCUUGCAGUAUCUACACAGCGUGGGACUCUGCAUGUUUUCCUUACAAAACUUCCAGUUCUUGGAGAUGCCUGUGGAACCCGCAUUGCUUUCCUGACCUCUCUGCUAGAAGUCACAGUGGCCAAUCAUGUUGAGGGAGAACCAGAAAUCACAGUUUCUGUUGAGGUAGAGCCUAACUUUAUUGCUGUAGGCCCAUAUCACGUGGCUGUUGGAAUGAAUAACCGAGCUUGGUUUUAUGCCCUUGGAGAAAAUCGAGUGGCGAAGCUAAAGGACAUGGAAUACUUGGGUACUGUAACUAAUAUGUGCUUGAAUUCCGAUUAUGCAGCAGUACUUUUUGAGGGAAGAGUUCAGCUACAUAUGAUUGAAAUCGAAGGUAUUGAGGCGCAGGAGGAAAGAGAAGCUCGUCUUUUUCCUGGACGUGAUGACAAAUGCCGAGUUACAUGCCAUGCACUUACUGCUGACUUCUUGAUUUACGGGACAGAUACUGGCAUCAUCCAUUAUUUCUUCAUUGAGGACUGGCAAUAUGUGAAUGAAUAUCGACAUUCAGUCAGUAUUCGUAAAGUUUUCCCUGAUCCCACUGGAACCAGAAUGGCAUUCAUUGAUGACAAGAGUGAUGGGUUUGUCUAUUGCCCAGUGAAUGAUAGUGUAUAUGAGAUCCCGAAUUUUCCAACAACUGUCAGAAGCAUCCUCUGGGAACACUUCACAAUGGAUAAAGGAGUCUUUAUUGCUUAUGAUGAUGAUAAAGUAUAUACCUAUGUCUUUCACAAGGGCACAAUUCAAGGGUCCAAGGUCAUACUGGCUGGUGGCACUAAACUUCCAUUUUCUCACAAGCCACUGUCGUUGUAUAACGGGGAGUUAACCUGUCAGAUGCAGAGUGGGAAAAUCAACACUACUCUCUUAACCACGCACUCUUUCCUCAGUGGAUUGAAGGAUCUUGGAAGUAAUGACCUUCAAUCAGUUUUAACCCAGAGUUUAAUGCUGAAAAGGUUUACUGAAGCAUGGGAUGUGUGUAAUAUGCUUAAUGAUCCUGCACCAUGGACGGAGCUAGCACGUGCUUGCCUCCACCAUAUGGAGGUGGAUUUUGCUAUACGUGUAUAUCGAAUGAUUGGAAAUGUAGGAAUGGUCAUUUCAUUGGAACAGAUCAAGGGAAUAGAAGACCACAAUUUACUUGCUGGACAUCUGGCGAUGUUUGCAAAUGAAUUUAAUCUGGCACAGGAUCUGUAUCUGUCUUCCAGCUGUCCAAUUGCUGGUCUGGAGAUGCGGAGGGACUUGCAACAUUGGGACAGUGCUUUGCAGUUAGCAAAACGAUUGGCGCCAGAGCAAAUUCCAUUUAUCUCCAAAGAAUAUGCAAUUCAGCUGGAAUUCACGGGUGACUAUGUGAAUGCACUGGCACAUUAUGAGAAAGGCAUGACUGGAGAUAAUAAGUACCUCGACCAUGACGAAAAUUGUUCAGCUGGAAUUGCAAGAAUGUCAAUACGCAUGGGUGAUAUUCGACGUGGAGUCAACCAGGCCAUCAGACACAACAGCAGAGUUUUGAAAAAAGACUGCGGUGCUCUUCUAGAGAGCAUGAAGCAAUUCUCCGAGGCUGCGCAACUAUAUGAAAAAGGACAGUAUUAUGAGAAGGCUGCAUCUGUUUACAUCCGUUGUAAAAAUUGGGCAAAGGUUGGUGAGCUUCUGCCUCAUGUAUCAUCUCCUAAAAUACAUCUACAGUAUGCAAAAGCUAAAGAAGCUGAUGGCAGAUAUAAAGAAGCUGCAACAGCUUAUGAAAAUGCCAAAGAUUGGGACAACGUAAUUCGAAUUCAUUUGGAUCAUCUCAGUAAUCCAGAAGAAGCUGUUCGUAUCAUCCGAGAAACCCAGUCAAUUGAUGGAGCCAAAAUGGUAGCCAGGUUUUUCCUGCAUCUCGGUGACUAUGGCUCUGCCAUUCAAUUCUUGGUGAUGUCUAAGUGUAAUGAUGAAGCCUUCCGACUCGCACAGCAACACAAUCAAAUGGAAAUUUAUGCUGACAUCAUUGGUUCUGGUGCCAGUAAUGAGGACUAUCAGAGUAUUGCAUUGUACUUUGAAGGUGAAAAAAAACAUUUCCUUGCUGGAAAAUUCUUCAUGCUUUGUGGCCAGUAUACCCGAGCAUUGAAGCACUUCUUGAAAUGUCCAGUGUGUGAAGAUGGCCAAGCCAUUGAGAUGGCUAUCGAAGCAGUUGGACAAGCCAAGGAUGAAAUUCUAACCAAUCAGCUGAUAGAUUACCUGAUGGGUGAAGGAGAUGGAAUGCCCAAGGAUGCAAAAUAUCUUUUCCGCCUAUAUAUGGCAUUAAAGCACUAUCGGGAAGCAGCAAGAACAGCCAUAAUCAUUGCUAGAGAAGAACAAUGUGCAGGAAACUAUAGGAAUGCACACGAUGUGCUUUUUAGCAUGUACACCGAGCUCAAAGCACAGAAGAUCAAAAUCCCUUCAGAAAUGGUAACAAACCUUAUGAUUCUGCACAGCUACAUCCUGGUGAAGACUCAUGUGAAGCGUGGGGACCACAUGAAAGGAGCAAGGAUGCUUAUCCGAGUGGCAAACAACAUUAGCAAGUUUCCAUCUCAUAUCGUGCCCAUUCUGACAUCAACGGUAAUUGAAUGUCACCGAGCUGGGUUGAGGAAUUCUGCCUUUAGCUUUGCUGCCAUGCUGAUGAGACCGGAGUACAGGAACAAAAUUGAUGCAAAAUAUAAAAAGAAGAUCGAGGCUAUGGUUAGGCGUCCUGAUGCUUCUGAAGUGGAAGAAUUAAUUACACCGUGCCCAUACUGUGCUUUUCAGUUACCUGAGUGCGAGCUACUAUGUCCAGGCUGUAAAAACAAUCUGCCUUACUGCAUAGUUACUGGUCGCCAUAUGGUGAAGGAUGACUGGACAGUUUGCCCUCAUUGUGACUUUCCUGGAUUGUAUUCAGAGUUCAAAAUAAUACUAGCUACAGAGAAGACCUGUCCAAUGUGUGCAGAAAAACUGAGCGCAGAGCAGUUGUCAAAAAUCGUUGAGCCAGCACCGUACUUCCUGCACGAGGAUGCUGAUUAAGAGAAGGUUGAAUGAAGCUUGCAAUGUACAAGUUAUUUUGCAGAUUCAGCAGGAGACGCUCAAGACACCAAGUAUGAAGCUCUAAUGCAAGCUUAGUGUAGAUCUAGUUUCAUUUUUAAAUAUUUAUGGACAGAAAAUGUAUAUAAUCACUUUGCGGAAAUGCAAAUUACAUUUAUAUUAUGUAUUAAAUUUUUAAUAAAGUUUUUAGUAAAUGCA